UCCCAUUUGGAACGCAUCCACCCGGUAUCAAUGAAGCCAUGAUUUUACACACUCCAAUACAGGAGGUGGCGGCAUGCACCUUUUACGAUGGUCUGGAACACCAAGAAACUAAACGAAGAAGAGGUUAGCCAGCCGCCAAAAAAAAAAAAAAAAAAACGAAAAGAAGCAGCAGCAGCUUUGUUAACAUUUAUCAAGAUGCCGCGACGCUCACGUAAACAAGCUGUCCAGGUGAACAUGGACAGUGAUGAAGAGUUCACCAUUUCCUCGGAAGAAGACGAAAACUUUGAAGAUGAGCGCUUGCAUUUUGAGGAUCGAAUUGAUCCAGUGGUGGACACCAACGAAUUUGAGGAUGACAGUGACAAGAAACCUGUUGCAAAAAGAGCCAAGAUGACUCUGUCAUGGAAAGCAGAGACUGUUGCCGACAUGACUCCAAAGCCUUGGAGAUUCCUGCCUGCGCGAGAACCUGGGCCACAGUUGAGUCUCGCUGACUCGCACUCCCCUUUGAGUCUUUUCAGAAUGUUUUUCUCAGAGACCACGGUCUCAAAUCUGUGCCACAACACAAACGCUCAGGCUGCCAGGGCACUUGCAAACGGUCGCAAAUACAGUUGGACAGAUGUCAGUGUUGGCGAGAUGUACCGCUACAUUGGACUCGUUUUCUACAUGGCCACGGUGAAGAUGAGCUCCAUCGCCGACUACUGGCGGCAACACAGCAUUUUUUCUAUGCCUUUUCCUGCGACAGUUAUGUCAAGGGACAGAUACCGCACCAUUUCAUGGAAUUUGCACAUGAGUCACCCAGAUGCAGACAAGGAAAAUGACAAAAAGAGGGGCACAGCUGAACAUGACCGACUUUUCAGGAUCAAACCUCUCAUGGACACCAUCCGUCUUGCUUGCAAAGCUUUCUAUCAUCCUAGAAAAAAUUUAGCUGUGAAUGAAAGAUUUGUGGCAUGCAAAUCAAAUGCAGAAAUGGCACGGUACAUGAAAGCCAAGCCAACAAAGGUGGGCUUCAAGUUUUUUGUCCUUACAGACUCGUCAAAUGGAUAUACUUUGGACUUCUCUGUGUAUGCGGGCAAGAACAGCUUCCCUACAGGCCGUGGGAUUUCAUAUGAUGCUGUGAUGUCUCUUAUGGACAAGAAAGUUUUGGGCUCUGGGUACCAUGUUUACAUGGACGAUUUCUACACAAGUCCAAAGCUCUUAACAGACCUUUUUGCGAUGAAGUUUGGUGCUUGUGGGACUUACAGAGACUGCAGGAAGGGGUUCCCUCAGAGUGCAUCUAAUUCACUGACCAAAAAGUCCACCAGGGGAUCCAUCAGGUGGAUUCGGGAUGGGCCUCUUGUGUGUGUGAAGUGGAUGGAUAAAAAAGAGGUGUCUGUUUGUUCCACCAUCCAUGCUGCCUAUGAAGGACACCGUGUGAAAAGAAAAGUAAAAGUACAAGAUACAUGGAAGACAAAGAUAUUUCCGUGUCCUGCACCUUUGACUGCAUACAACCACCACAUGGCGGGUGCUGACCUGUCCGAUCAGCUGUUGCAGUACUACACUGUCAAGCACAAAACCAUGAAAUGGUACAGAAAAGUCUUUCUACACUUCUUGGACAUUGCUGCCACCAACGCUUUCAUAUUACACACAGAGCUACACGGCAACAUGACGCACAAGGAGUUUAUGGAGCAGCUUACUGCAGAGCUCUGUGGUGUGUCUCAGAAAGCAUCACCAAAACAGACCAGUAGUGACCACGUGCCGGUUCCAGGAGCUGAGUUGACCUCAGAUGUCAGAAAUAUUGCCACUGUUGGUCGCCGCAUAUGUGCGCAUUGCAAAACAGUGCGUGGCAAGAAGCAACAGACACCUUGGAAAUGCCAGGCAUGUGACGUUCAAUUGUGUCUUCAGUUGAACAGGAACUGUUUCCAGGAAUGGCACAAAGGUUUGUGAGUAGAUUUUGAACAGUAGAUAUUUGAAAGCUCAGCCCCAAAAAGAGCCCAUGAUAUCAAGUCUUUAGUUUAUUGUAACACACAAUAUGUGGUGUAUCACUUAAUAUGUAGUUGUGUUGGUUUUUACAUUUGAGAAUGAAGCAGUGUAUUAAAAAAUACAAAAAAACAACAACAACAAAAAAAGGCAUAUAUGAUGUACAUGUGUAUAUAUUUCAGUGUGGUAAACACAGUUUUCUAGUGGUGUCCUUGGAAUCCGUCAUAUGCAUUUUUAAAAGUUUUAUGAAUGUUAAUUUUAAAAAUUUGAAUCUGGAGUGUGCCAUGCUCUGCUUUUGUGUGUGUUCAAAUCUGGGUAUAUUACUUCAAAAUUACAUGACAAAAAUUGUAGUUAGUAAUGUAAUAAAAGCCAACAAUCAGAGCAGAAAUGAAAGCUGCUGCUCUUUGUUUUUCUGUUGUCUCCAGGCACAUUCAUAUGUAUGUUGCAUGAUCUUUUUUUGUAAAAAAAAAAAAUAAUAAUAAUACACACUCAUGAACUUUUUGCUCUCCUCUCCGACAGCAAGUUGACACGCACCUGCCGCCUCUCAUUCACUUCCGGUUAAAUAAUGUUAGUGUGAUCUGAAUUUCGGCGCAAGAUUGUGCAUAAGUCUACUCAUCCCCACAGAUUUCGCGCUCAUGUCCGAAGCGCACACAUAAUAAAGACACCUCUGACAUACAAGUGCCAAAAUUAGAUCUUUUUUGUGGCUUAUCUUUUUCAGCGCUUACUGCUCAUGACUGAUUAACAUGUGUAACUUUAAUUGAUUAAUCUGCAUGAAAUUUUUACAAUGAAGAUUAUUCAUUGUUAUUGUAAAUUUGAUUAUUCAAUUUCUUACCUGAAUACUACUGUUAGACCUACCUGAAAUAAAUAAAUAAUGCAGUCUA